AUGAAGCUCUCUCUGCUCUUCACUGUCCUCCCCUUGGCUUUCGCCAGGCCCUCCACCCUUCGCCGCAGGGAGGAGCCCGCCCCGGUCCUCCGCCCCCGCGACGCCGAGGUCAUCCCGAACAAGUACAUUGUUGUCCUGAAGCCCACCAAGGGUGACUUUACCAUCCAGAAAACCCACAGCGCCAUCAACAGCCUCAGGCGCAAGCCCGAGCACGUCUACGACUCCGCUAACUUCAAGGGAUUCGCUGCCGAGCUUGAUGACGACACUCUUGCUACCCUCCAGGACGACCCCACCGUCGAUUAUAUUGAGCAAGAUGCCAUCGUCACCAUCAACACUUACACUACCCAGACUGGUGCUCCCUGGGGUCUCGCUCGCAUCUCCCAGAAGACUCCGGGUAAGACCACCUACACCUACGACGACAGCGCUGGUGAGGGCACCUGUGCCUACGUCAUUGACACUGGCAUCUACACCUCCCACUCCGACUUUGGGGGCCGUGCCACUUUCCUCGCCAACUAUGCUGACAGCAGCAACACUGACGGUCAUGGUCACGGUACCCACGUCGCCGGUACCAUUGGCGGUACCAAGUACGGUGUCGCUAAGAAGACCAAGCUCUACGCCGUGAAGGUCCUUGACGCCAACGGCUCCGGCACCAACUCUGGCGUCAUUGCUGGUAUCAACUUCGUCGCCAGCGACUCCAAGACCCGCAACUGCCCCAACGGCUCCGUCGCCAACAUGUCUCUUGGUGGCAGCAAGUCGACCGCUGUCAACAGCGCCGCCGCUGCCCUCGUCGACGCCGGUGUCUUCCUGGCUGUCGCUGCCGGUAACGACAACGCCAACGCUGCCAACUAUUCGCCUGCCUCCGAGCCCAAGGCCUGCACUGUUGGUGCCACUACCUCUGGCGACGCCAGGUCCAGCUUCUCUAACUACGGCUCCAUUGUUGACAUCUUCGCUCCCGGUACCUCUAUCCUCAGCGCCUGGAUCGGCGGCACCUCCGCUACUAACACCAUCUCCGGCACUUCCAUGGCCUCUCCCCACAUUGCUGGCCUUGGCGCUUACCUCCUUACCUUCCUCGGCAAGAAGACCCCCGCUGCUCUCUGCUCGUACAUCGCCAGCACCUCCAACAAGAGCCUCCUUUCUGGCAUUCCCAGCGGCACCGUCAACUACCUCGCCUUCAACGGCAACCCCUCUGCCUCUUAA